AAGUGGCCGAGAUUCGAAAAAUGGAAGCAGAAGAACAUCCCCAACCGGAAAACCCGUGAAAAAGGAGAAGCUCCGCGUAGAAGCUCGAUCGAGGACCAAACGCCCGGCAGCUUCAACGAACGGCUUCUACAAGUGUUUUCCGGGUCGGGGCAACUGGUGAAAGUGCUUGGGAAUGAUGAGAUCCAGGGCUUUGUUACGGUUUAAUGGCUUCUAGAAGAGGAUCCUUCGGGUUCGUAUUUCUCACGAUACAUGUCGUUGUCAAAUUCCAACUGUUGGCCCUGGCUGUGAGAACUCCUUUGGGUGCGGAGUGUUGACUCCAUCGAUUUUGAAUUCGUAUCCGUUCGAGAUGUUUGGGUUUGACUGUAAUUUGCACUUACGAAAUUUCCACGAAGGGUAUUGAGAAAAAAGAAGGAUCCGGACACGACAGGAGCUGUUGAUUUUGAAAUUUAUUUUUUUCCAUAGAAAGGGGUUUUCUUUUGGGGAUGCUUUCACACGAAAGUUUUCUAGUUGAGUUUUGGAUUUUUAGGAUGGUGGGGGGGUUGAGAAGCAGAAAAUAAGCUGGUGUAUGUUGUAGAUUUCAUUGAGUGACUUGGGGUUGUUUCUAUUAGGGAGUUUUGAAUUCUUGUUAUGGCUGUUGCCAAAAGCAACAGCAGCCUGUCAUCAGUCUCAUCGUGCAACUGCUACAAGGUUGCCAAUCUGAAAGAUACCAUUCUCGACUCAAACUGUUCAGCAAAGUUGGAAGAUCGAUAUGUUUUGGGAGAGCAAUUGGGUUGGGGGCAGUUCGGUGUCAUCAGGGUGUGUUCGGAUCAGCUGACCGGAGAGAUCUUGGCAUGCAAGUCCAUCGCAAAGGAUCGGUUGGUCACGCCUGAUGACAUUUGCAGUGUGAAGCUAGAGAUUGAGAUUAUGACUAGAUUGUCCGGGCACCCAAAUGUUGUGGAUCUAAAGGCAGUUUUUGAAGAGGAGGAUUAUGUGCAUCUGCUGAUGGAGCUUUGUGCUGGGGGUGAGCUUUUCCACCGAUUAGAGAAGCAUGGGCGGUUUCCCGAAUCCCAGGCCCGUAUUUUGUUCAAACAUCUGAUGGAAGUGGUGAUGUAUUGCCAUGACAAGGGUAUUGUUCACAGGGAUUUGAAACCGGAGAACAUCCUCUUGGCAACAAAAUCAUUGUCGUCACCCAUAAAAUUGGCAGAUUUUGGUCUAGCAACCUACAUCAAACCAGGGCAGAGUCUACAUGGGACUGUUGGCAGCCCAUUUUAUAUUGCCCCAGAAGUACUGGCGGGGGGCUACAACCAGGCUGCUGAUGUGUGGAGUGCUGGGGUUAUCCUUUACAUCCUUCUCAGUGGGAUGCCCCCCUUUUGGGGGAAGACUAAGUCGAGGAUAUUUGAUGCAGUUCGGGCUGCUGAUCUCCGUUUUCCACUUGAUCCUUGGGGUUGCAUAUCUGAAUCUGCCAAGGACUUGAUUACCAGAAUGCUUUCUACAGAUCCUGUUCAAAGACUUUCUGCUGCACAAGUUCUAGACCAUCCCUGGAUAAAGGAUUAUUGCUAUCAGCCGGAAGAACCAUUUGAACUUCAGAAAUCAAAUUCUGGGCAACUGGGAUUGGGGAUCGGCUCUUUCUCUACCCCGAAGAACUCUGCAGAUCGUGACUUGAGCUUUGGCUCUGGGUCCCCUGUUCUUCGUGGGGUCCCACUGGAGCAUUCACCAGUGUUCACUUGCAAAUCAUCUUUCUCUUCCUUCUUGAUGGAUAACACUCCUUGCUCAGCAUCGGCAUGCUUCUCAUUCCACAGCUCUUGCGAAUCAGAUGGCCCAGGAUUCUCUUCUCCAAUUCCAACAUUGCCCAGCUUCCAAUUUUUCAGUCCGUGUCCUCCGAACGAGCAAGGGGACACAUUGGCUUUCACAGCCAUCAGUUCAAAAGUUAAUAUGAUUCAGAGAGAUGCCAGCUUUGGGAAGCUCUUUAUGUUGCCGGAUUCUUCUGCUUCUCAUGAGAUGGGGGAAACUGAGCACAAAGCAGCUGAGGUUCGAAGGGGAGGGGCAACCAUGUCUAGAGCAUUAGGUUUCCACAGCAAGAGGAACCGCACAAUUGGCCUCGGGGAGUUUGAGCAGCUGGAUCUCAUGGUGACUGAGUCAGUCAUUCGCUGGGCAUCAUGCACUCAUCUUCCAACUGCCCCGUCUCUGCGGUCCUCCCUCGUUUGUUGAAGUGAUUGCUAAGUGAUGAAUGGCUAGAUCUGAUGCAGUUAACAGUUUAGGAGUCGUCUCACAUACCGUAUUGAUGUAUGGUUGGAUGUUGUGGUUUGAUCCACAUGCUGGUCAAACUGUGUUGCAAUUCUUGGCCAGAGUUAGUUUUGUGGGGUUGUGAAGAUGAGUGAAAGGUUUUAUUGGAGUGUAGUUUGUAUUGUAAGUCGGUUCAGUGCUUGAUUGGGAACAUGCUGGGGAUGAGCCCCCCAAACAUUUUAACCUAAAUGAAGCUUGAUAGUGCCAACAUUGAUAUGAUAGUGUGAAUUUCUUAAUUUCUAAACCUGACAGCACCCUCUCCUUUUUGAUGUUGUAAAUUUCUGUAAUCUUUCACUCAAUAUAAUUUGCUUCUAUCGAUCAUA